AUGACAUUUUUAUGUGGGUCAGCUUCAACAUCGAAUAAACCAAUCGAAAGAAAAAUCGUCAUUCUAGGUGAUGGUGCCUGUGGUAAGACCUCGUUACUGAACGUGUUCACCAGAGGUUAUUUCCCGGAAGUGUACGAACCCACUGUUUUUGAAAACUAUAUUCAUGAUAUCUUUGUCGACAGUAAACACAUCACGCUAUCUUUGUGGGAUACUGCCGGCCAAGAAGAAUUUGACAGGUUACGAUCCUUGUCAUAUUCAGAUACCCAAUGCAUAAUGCUAUGUUUCAGUAUCGAUUCACGCGAUUCCUUGGAGAACGUCCAGAACAAAUGGGUGGGUGAAAUUACUGACCACUGUGAAGGCGUUAAAUUGGUCUUGGUUGCGCUGAAAUGCGAUUUGAGAAACAAUGAAAACGAAUCGAACGCUAUCACACCGAACAAUAUCCAACAACAGGACAUCAACGUUUCCAGUGGCAACAACAACAACAUAAACAGUAACUCUAAUGCUAAGAAUCUAAUAAGCUAUGAAGAAGGCCUUGCCAUGGCUAAGAAAAUUGGUGCCUUGCGUUAUUUGGAGUGUAGUGCAAAAUUAAAUAAAGGUGUUAAUGAAGCAUUCACGGAAGCAGCAAGAGUUGCUUUAACCUCGGGGCCAGUAGCAACUGAAGCGAAGAGCGACGAUGGAUCCGGCUGUACCAUUAUGUAG